AUGUGUUUUUGGUUCCGGUUUAAACAAAAUAUUUUUAGGAUCACGGGACCUCUCAUAUAUCCAUACUAUCGCCAGCAGGGGAUGCAGUAUCUGUAACAUCAACUAUAAAUCUAUUGUACGGUAGUAAGUUUAUGUCACCUUCAACUGGAGUUAUUUUGAACAAUCAGAUGGAUGAUUUUUCAUAUCCUGGAACAAUUAAUUAUUUUGGUGUUCCUCCUUCACCAACUAACUUCCCAACACCGGGUAAACGUCCUGUGUCAAGUAUGAGCCCAACUAUAGUUCUAAACGAGAAGAAUAAAGUUUUGGCUGUUGUUGGUGCUAGUGGAGGGACCAAAAUCACAACUUCAGUUGCUCAGGUUUUGCUCAGACUUUUUUUCUUGGGUGAGAAUGUUAAGUCUGCAGUUGAUUCAAGAAGAUUACAUCAUCAGCUGAUGCCAAUGAAGGUUGUGUUUGAGUCAGGCACUACGAGGUGGAUUACUGAUGGGUUAAAAACAUUUGGACAUAGCUUAGAACGACAUGUUAUUGGUGGCGCUUCUGUACAGGCCAUUGUUGUAGACAGAAAUACUGGAGAUAUAACGGCAAAUGCUGAUUUUAGAAAAGGGGGCACAACCGAUGGUUUUUAAAUAUAAUUUAAUUAAACUGCAGAUAUGAAAAAUGCUUUAUAUGAUAAAAUUUCAAAUUCAUCGUUACAUGCGUUACGGAUGAAAGAGAUGAAAUCUUUGCAGAAAUUAUUAACAGACUUAGAUAACAUUGUCAUUUUCUGAAAUAUUAAGUCAGAGUAAAUUUCUAUAUGAUUCACGAUACUGAUCAUGAAAUCAGCAGUAUUUUUUAUUACAUCAUUGUUGUUAAAUAUUAUAUCACAACAUCUUACAUCAUUGUUUAUCAACAAAUUUAACAUUUUAUUUUUCUCCUUAAUUCGUGGGAUUUGGAACACAACACAUGGGUAGUAACAUCUAAGUUAAAUGAUUUGAACCCCCGUCCCCAAUAAAUACUGACAGUGAUCAUGAGAAAACUGUGAUACCGUUGGAUUAAAAUGCUGCUAAAAAUUUUAUAAUAUCACAUUUGGUAAAUAUUUUUGAUAGUUUUGAAUGUCUUCUUCCAAUUACUAAUAUUAGAUAUUACAAGACUUUUUGCAGUGUCUUUCUUUAAAAAAAUCGUUUGAUAAAAUUUCUUUUACUUCAAAAUCAAUUUUACUAUAAUAUGACUCCCAUAAAAAUUAUUAUUAUUCUGUUUGGUAUCAAACAUCUUAAAAAAUUAUUGAAGAAGACAUUUAAAAAUAUCCACCCUGUAAUGUUUCGUAGGAUACACUAUACUUGAAGCAGCAUUAAGAGAUUUGCUGAAUUCAAAUUCAAUUUUUUGAUUUUUUAAUCUUAAAGUUUGUAACCUAUUAAACAUUUUUGAGUUGUAUUGUUUUCACAUUUUUCUAAUUUCUUGCAGUAUUAAUUCUAUGUGUAAAGUAUGGUAUUAAAUUAUUGUAAAUAUUAUGUGUUAAGAUUAUCUUUCUGACUUCAAUAAUUCUAUUUUUGAAAUAUAUUUAAUUAUUAAA